UGAAAUAUAUAAGUUCCUUAAUUAGAUCUGAGAACUAACGCACCAUGAGUGGAAUUACCUGUGAAUUUCUACAGGACAAGCUUCAGAAGGAGCUAAAUCCUAUACACGUGGUAAGAAUACUAAAUAAUUUUUCACAUUUUUAAUUCUGUUAUUCUCGAUGAAAUAGGUGAUAAUUUCACUUCAAGGAAUUAUUUCACAUUUAGCAUUGAUCUGACUAUUGUACAGUUCAAGAUGAAUUCGAAUUGACUUCAGAAAACUUAGAAAGAAAUCACUUCAAAUAAACAUUUGAUCAUUCAAGAUUUUCUCUAAAACGAGGAAUUAUGAAGCAUUUUGAAACUCUAUACAAGGAGAUGAGUUAUGUGGUGAAUUUUGAUUCUUCGUUUACUUCAGUUAACCUCUCGUUAACUGUGGUUUAAGUCUCCGAUGGAAUUGAACUUUUUAAGCUCAUUAAAACCAACACAUGUAUUCUCUUUCAUUUUUUAUUAUACUUCUAAAUCAUUCAUUUUGAGAUGUAGUCCGGAACUCUUUGGGAAAGAUUUCUGUAUAACCUCAUACUGUUCUAACAACAGUCUUAAAGAUAGUUUUUUUUUUCAUUUUUUAAUUUGCUAUUUUAAAAGUACUGUAUUCAUGAUGAAGUAUGGGGUUAUAUGGAAAUCUUGUCCUCUUCUUUCAAUAGAAUGUGCAGUAUGAAGCUCAAUCCAAGGACGGAGAAUUUUCAUUUCAGUCUUAGCCCAGAAGUUAUCUAAAUGUAACUUCUUCUUACAAUUCCAAUAUGAUAUCUUGCAAACAGGUUAUGAGAACACAUAAGCUCAUCAGCAAGAGAAUGUUAUCUUGAUUUAAUGCAAAAUUCUCUUGUCCAAUUUACAACAAAUCUAUAGAAAUUAGAAGGGAGAAAUACUGAUUGGAUCUUGAGAGUUAAGGGUUAACCUUUCCACUCGGGAGUGAAACUCGACGACCAUGAUCUAGGUGUCAAUACCCUGCUCUGUCUGCCUUACAGUUCUUAUAUUGUAAGGAGAAAUUCAUUUUUGGUCACUCCAAGGGGUGUAGUGGUUCAAGAUAUAUUUUUAUUUUGAUCAGCAUGGAACUGAAAAAAAAAUCAAGAUUCACUUUAAAUCCAAUUUUAUGACCAUUAUUAUUAAACAUAUUUUACUUUUUUGAAAAUAUAGGAAGUAGUUGACCUGUCAGAUGGGUGUGGAGGAAAGUUCUCAAUACUUAUUGUAUCUGACAAGUUUGAAGGGAAGCCUCUUCUAGCCCAGCAUCGAAUAGUGAAUAAUUGCUUAGCAGAGGAAUUGAAGACUAUUCACGCACUGACCCUGAAAACAAUGAAACCAGCACAGUGGGAAAAACAGAAGGAAACUUAA